AUGGAGGAGCCCGGCUCGUGGGUCACGGGAGACCGCGCCGGUGGCCGGAGCUGGUGCUGGCGGCGGGUAGGGAUGAACGCCGAGUGGCUGCUGCUGGAGGACGGAAAUGAGGUGACUGUAGGGCGAGGAUUUGGUGUCACAUACCAACUGGUGUCAAAAAUCUGCCCUCUGAUGAUUUCCCGAAACCACUGUGUUUUGAAGCAGAAGCAGAAUGUCGAGGGCCAGUGGGCAAUUAUGGACAACAAGAGUCUGAAUGGUGUUUGGCUGAACAGAGAACGUCUAGAACCUUUAAAGGUCUAUUCUAUCCAUAAGGGAGACCACAUCCAGCUCGGGGUACCUCUGCAGAAUAAGGAGAAUGCAGAGUAUGAAUAUGAAGUUACUGAAGAAGACCGGGAGAGGAUGUAUCUUUGUCUUGCCCCAAAGAAUGACCAGGUGAUGGGAAAACAUAGGGGAUUGAGAACUAAAAGGAAAUUGAGUUUGGAUGAAUUGGAGGGUUCUGGAGCUGACGGCCCCUCAACUUUGAAAUCCAAAAUAAGUAAAGUGUCUUGUGAACCUGGUCAGCCAGUGAAGUCUCAUGGGAAAGGUGAGGUGGCCAGUCAACCCUCCGAAUAUCUGGAUCCUAAGUUGACUUCCCUUGAGCCGAGGGAGAAGGCCACAGAGGCUCAUGUUCACCCUGGCUCCGCAAAAGUCAUAGAGCUUCAUCCUAAGAAGCAGAAAGCCUCAAACCUUUCAGCGUCUCAAAGCAGCUUAGAGCUGUUCAAGGUGACCGUGUCCGGGAUUCUGAAGCUGAAAAUACAAAUGCAGGAAAACCAGGUAGCUGUCUUGAAGGUGAAAAAGCAGACCCAAAAAGGGAACUCAAAGAGAAUUGUGAAAAUGGAGCAGGAGCUGCAGGACUUACAGUCCCAGCUGUGUGCAGAGCAGGCCCAGCAGCAGGCCAGAGUGGAGCAGCUAGAGAAGACUUUCCAGGAAGAGGAGCCGCAGCAUCUCCAGGGUUUGGAGAAGGAGCAAGGAGAGGACCUGAAGCGACAGUUGGCCCAGGCUCUGCAGCAUCGGGCUCUAAUGGAAGAACUAAAUUGCAGCAAGAAGGACUUUGAAGCAAUCAUUCAAGCCAAGAACAAAGAAUUGGAACAGACCAAGGAAGAGAAGGAGAAGGUGCAAGCACAGAAGGAGGAAGUGCUUAGCCACGUGAAUGACGUGCUAGAGAAUGAGCUCCAGUGUAUUAUUUGCUCAGAAUACUUCAUUGAGGCUGUCACCUUGAACUGUGCCCACAGUUUCUGCUCCUACUGUAUCAAUGAGUGGAUGAAGCGGAAGGCAGAAUGCCCCAUUUGUCGGAAGGACAUCAAGUCCAAAACUCACUCCCUGGUUCUGGACAAUUGCAUUAAUAAGAUGGUAGAUAAUCUGAGCUCAGAAGUGAAAGAACGACGAAUUGUCCUCAUUAGUGAAGGAAAAGAGACACAGCGAGAGAGGGAACACAAGCAGGGGGAGUGGGAGAGGGAGAAGCAGGCUUCCCGCCGAGCAGGGAGCGCGACGUGGGGCUCGGUCCCAGGACCCCGGGAUCAUGACGUGAGCCGAAGGCAGACCCUGGGAUCAUGACCUGAGCCAAAGGCAGACGCUUAACGACUGAGCCACCCAGCAAAGAGACUGUCCUGAAGACCACGCUCCAGGGGCAUUCGAGGGACUGCCAGGCAGUGGAAGCUUGGGAGGGUCUGGAGGAUUAUCUGUGGACAGGUCUUGGGCCUCUCUGAGAUGGCGCUCAGGACGGAGCCCCGUGGG